GUGGAAGAGGGUCAAUCAGCCACUGGAAAUGGGUAAGGAAGUGCAAAAUGGAGGAAAAGAAGCCAAAAGGGAAUCCCGAGAAGUAGCAGGUGAGGAAGAUGGGGAAGAAACUGAGAAGAAAGCUGGAAGUGAAAUGGAUAAGGCGGUUGGAGAUGAGAGAGAAGAAAAGCAGGAAAAUGACCAUAAAGAUGCAACUAUGCCAGCUGGAUCUUUUAGCUCAUUUCAACAGUUGUCUAGUAGCCAAAAUGCAUUUACAGGGCUUGCAGGAACUGGCUUUUCGAACUCUUCAUUUUCUUUUGGGCAAUUGCUUAAAACAGGAUCUGCAUUUGGUGCAAGUUCUGGAUCUCUCUUUGGGCUUACAAACAAUGGGAGUUCUUCCUCAUCAUUGCCUGGUACGCACCAGAUGCUUCUAAAAAGCGGCAGACUUUCCAUGCAGGAGGUGCCUGUUGAAACAGGUGAAGAGAAUGAGAAGGCACUGUUCACUGGUGAUGCUAUAUUAUAUGAGUAUUUAGAUGGAGGGUGGAAGGAAAGGGGAAAGGGAGAGCUUAAAGUGAACAUCUCUAUUGCUGAUGGUGAAAAGGCAAGGCUUAUUAUGAGGGCUAGGGGGAACUACACUAUCCUGAAUGCAAGCCUUUACCCAGAUAUGUCGCUUACUAAUAUGGAUAAAAGAGGCAUAACUUUUGCUUGUGUCAAUAGUGUUGGAGAAGGAAAGAAUGCACUCACCACAUUUGCUCUGAAAUUCAAGGACAGUAGUAUUGUGGAAGAGUUUCGAGGAGUGGUCACAGCACACAAAGGAAACAAGACCCCUGUACUGAAGACACCUGAGAUUCCCCCAAGGCAAUCUGAUGAGUGAAAUGAUAGAUGCCUCUUCAAAAAAGCUAAUUUCCUGGAAUUUCCUUCUUGAAUUUUGUUAUGUCUUGGUUAAGAUGUCCCCAUUAUGUGAUCAAGCUUUAAAAUGUAGGGCCAAAAACUUGUUUAGUUAAAGUACAGUCCUUUGACAGAAUGGUUCAUCUUUUUAUGUAAUUCUAGAAGAGGACCUCAAGUCAUGGUUCCUGUUGUUGUGUAGUUGCAUUAUCAUCGACUUUUUAUCUUGCCAUAAGCUCAUAAUAUCUGCUAUUUUAAAUUUCAA